AUGGCUGUUAUCCAACGGAUUAAGAAACCCACUACUCGAAGAGGUAAAAAAGUUUUACUUUCCAAGGAACCAAAACCAAUCGAAGGACCGAAGCAGUGUAUAUUUUUGCAAGGACGAAAUCCAUCAGAACGGACAAGAAAAUUAUUGAAAGAUAUCUACGAUUUGAAAAAACCAGAUGCGGCAUUCCUAAGCCGGAAAAAUGAUUUUGUACCUUUCGAAGACUCAAGCCUAAUAGAAAAAUUGAGUUACAAAAAAGAAGCAGCAUUGUUUGGUGUCGGAUCACAUAGUAAAAAACGCCCUCAUAAUAUAAUAUUGGGAAGAACCUUCAAUUAUGGUAUCUUAGAUAUGAUAGAACUUGGUGCUGAUAAAUAUAAAGCUAUGUCUGAGUUUCAUAAUAUGAAAGUACUUGCUGGUCUUAAGCCUUGCCUUAUUUUUAAUGGACCAGCAUGGGAUUUAAAUCAGGAUUUAAAAAGAUUGAAAUCUUUGUUUACUGAUUUUUUUCAUAGAGAAAAGGUUGAAAGCAUAAGACUUCAGGGUUUGGAGCAUGCAUUAAGUUUCACAGCAACUGAUGAUGGAUCUAUUUACUUUAGAUCAUAUAGAAUAUUAUUGAAGAAAAGUGGUCAGCGAACACCUAGAGUUGAAUUGGAAGAAAUCGGUCCUUCAAUAGACUUUAAAUUGAGGAGAACUAAAUUAGCUUCUGAUGAUUUGUACAAAGAAUCUUGUAAGAUACCAAAGGAGUUAAAACCUAUAACAAAGAAGAACAUAUCGAAGGAUGCAUUUGGUACCAAAAUGGGUCGUAUCCACAUUGGUAAACAAGAUAUCAACAGACUUCAAACGCGCAAGAUGAAGGGUCUUAAAAAAACGCCAGAAGAGAAGAAACAAAUGCUAAUGAAAAAGAAAAUGGCAAGACAGGCUGCAAAAAGAACACAAGCAAUGGCAGCAUAA